CGGGUAGCGAAGUGAAGCGGGGGGUAUCUUUUGUAUUUCUUCUUCAAUGUCCUACCACAUUCUGUGCUCUGUGCUAUAUACAAUCCUCCUCGCUGAUCUCGGUCCUCGUCAACUCGAACUAGGAAGCGCUGAACCUCCUGACAACUGGGAGGGAGAGAAAAGAAUCAUUCGGCUUUCCUGAGCAUCUCACCUCGCUGGACGAAGUGUAGCAUUUCCCACACACAGACGAAAAAUAUGGCUACAGCAACCGAGCACGAGUUCCCUCUUGCGACAGAGAACCACUUCGAAGACGGGGGCGGUGCCAACCAUGGCGUCGACAGCGAAGCUGGUGCCUCGGGAAGUAGCCCAGGAGCCGUGAACUUGUCCGAAGACGCAAUUAUUGCCAUCAUCGUCGUGGUGUCCGUUUUCGCCGUGUUAGGAAUCGGUAUGGCCGUGCUGUUCUACGUUGCCAAGAAACGCGAGUGGAAGAUCCGCGAAAAUAUCCGGAAAUCGGCGCGUAAAGUCGUCAUCGCCAUGACCCCGCGCAGGAGCGAGUUCCCCAAAGAGCUCAAAGACUCCAUGCCAAAAAGCAAACGCGGACACCGGAAGCUCUCGGAUGAUGUUCCGCCCACGCCUCGACUCGGGCCGGAGGAUCUCGAGAAGGGUAUCCCAGCGGAGGUAAGGGGCAAGAAGACGAAGAAAUGGGGGAGGACAUAGAGGGAAUUUGUGUGGGGAUUCGAGCUCUGAAUGGAUAGUGCAGUCGAGAUGCUUUGGGAGGGUUCAAGGAUGGCUUUUAUUGCCUUUGUCGAGCGGACAGCAGAGUGAGAAAGCGGCCGCAGGGCGGCGAAAUGGUGCAUGUCCAUCGAAGCGUGGGGCCAACCUGGUUGUUGGCCCAAAAAAGAGGCGUGGUCGGUGACGCCAGCCGGAUCACGUCGCUUCGUUGUAUAACAGACCUUGCGAUAUCUGCCGUUGAUAUCUUACCGCAUUUUCCUAAAUGUAUUUGUGGACGCGCUCCGUCUGGGUCCUGAUCUCUUCUCCUGUGGCUGUUCGUCCUUCGGUUGUGACCAUUCAGACUUCUUUUUCCUUCUCUCCGGGACGAAGGUGAUCUGAUGCUCGCCCACCACGUCACCUCGAGCUUUGG